AUCAAAACAAAAACAGCUGGAAUGUUUCAUCGGUACUUCCUUCAUAUUUCGUUAUUUUCGGUAUUUUUUCAACGGUUAAGCAAUCGAAAAUGAUUUCAUUUUAUGUUAUCGAUUAUUGGGAUUCAGUUGAAACAUUUUACAUUUGUCGGAAUUGUAUAAAAAAACGAAAAACUGCUAACGCUGAAUCGUUAAUAUCAAAUGAUGUGAGCCGUAUAACUACGAACUCGAUAGAGCUUAACUAUUUCCUGCUGGAUCUGCACUGUUUCGCAAAUUAUCGGCUAAAAAUCGCCAAUGCUGUGUUCAACUAUAACAAAGCACAUCAAAAUUUGGCAAUAAAAAUUCAGCCACCUCUCAGAGAGCCGAUCGAUUACAAAUGGGGAGAACGAGCUAAUCGCAUGCUGUGGGAACGAAUCGAGCUAGAUGAAAUGAUGUCCUGGUUGUCAACACUUGGUGGAGCAUUUUCGGCUCUCGGUGAUUACUAUCUGGCUUGCGCUGACGUCGCCGGAAGGAUAUCGAUACAACAGAUGAAGCUUGCCAUGAGACUGGGGGAACCGUCGCUGAUCACCCGAUGCCGUCUGUUCAUGGCUAUCGCGAUGACUCAAAAGUAUAAUUUUGCUGCCGCCAAAAAAGUUGUCCAGCAAGUGUACCGGACCGAAAAGCGCAGAAGUGAACCGGACCAACGCUUGCUUCGAAUGUGCCUUGGGAUUUGGUCUAAAACGAGUUAUGAGUAUGAUUUGUACCAAAAGCGAUUAAAUCGUCCCAAGAAGUAGAUAGUAGUGCUCUAUCUGUAAUGGUCAACUUUGAUUGGAAUACAAUGUUCGUUUUAGCUAA